AUGUCCGACAACAGCUCAUCCCACAACCGCCCACGCGUCUGGCUUAUCACGGGCUGCACUUCUGGCUUCGGGAAACUGUUCGUUUCUGCAAUUGUAGCCCGAGGCGACAAAGUCAUCGCCACAGCACGAAACGUCAGCGCCCUCGACGAGUUCCGGGACACGCCCAACGUGCGUCUACUCAACCUCGAUGUAACAGCUACACAGGACGAACUGAAUGCCACUGCAGCUACCGCUCUGGAGCUCUUUGGCGGCGUCGAUGUGCUGGUGAAUAAUGCUGGAUAUGUCCUGUCAGGCGCCUGGGAGGAACUGACUCACGAGCAAGUACUCCACCAGUUUCAAACCAACUUCUUUGGGCAGAUGAACGUGACUCGCGUAUUCGUCCCUCAUAUGCGAUGUCGCGGCUCGGGGACGAUUAUCUUCAUGAGCAGCAUCGCGGGCUGGCUGGGCGUCGCAGCUGGUGGUCCUUAUAGCGCCUCCAAGUUUGCUUUGGAGGGCGCCGCGGAGAGCCUGCAGAAAGAGCUUUCACCGCUGGGUAUCCAGGUUCACCUCGCUGUGCUGGGCCAAUUCCGCACCAAUAUCUUAGCCGAGGGCCGGCGCCAGAUACCUCGGUCAACUCCGGUCAUAGAUGGCUACAAUCCAGUUAUAGAAACCCUCACUCGGCGGCAGGAAGAAACGAACGGCAAACAGCCUGGCGAUCCUGUCCGUGCGGUUGAGCGGAUUCUCGACGUGGUGCGGCGGGAAGGGUCAGUGGCUGGCAAGGAGGUUGGGCUCCGGAUAGUGCUUGGCUCAGAUGCACAAUAUAUCAUUCGAGAUCAGUGUCUGAAUACACUGAGAGACUUGGACCAGUUUGAGGAAUUUAGUCGAAGCACGGACUUCCCUGGGGCGGGUGGGGUUGAUGCGUAUAGUUGA